AUGAUCGCUAUUUUAUUAAAUCUCAUUGUUUUUGGGAAAUUGUUGCGAGCAUCAAGAACCCCGACGGCUCGAACGAGUUUCCUCGCUGGCCCCUACCAUAUGACGUCAUUCACCCUCUUCAAGCUAAACCUUUGUGUCACCGAUUUCAUCAUUUUGUUUCACGGAUUGGGAAAGAUCGUUUGGCUUUUCACCGUUGAGUGGCACUUUGGGAAUUAUGGCUGCAAGUUUUACAUGUUUCUCUCGGCUUUGGGCUUUUAUGCGAACUCAAAUGUGAUUGUGGCGAUUGGAUUGGAUCGACUUAAAGUCGUUUACACAAGUCAUGUACAAG